AUGGAUCUAAUCGGCAAGAUUAAUCCUCCUUCAUCAAAGGGUCAUCAUUGGAUUAUUCUAGCUACCGAUAACUUUACUAAAUGGGUAGAAGCUGAGGAAUAUGUAUCGGUAACUCAUAAUACCAUUAUACAUUUUGUGGAGCGACAUAUCUUUCAUCGAUUUGGAUUACCGGAAACAAUUGUUGACGAUAAUAGAUCUGUUUUUCAAGCAAAUGAAGUAUUACAACUUGGCCGUGAUAUGCAGGUGAAAAUGGUAACUUCAACACCCUAUUAUGCUCAAGGGAAUGGUCAAGCCGAGGCUUCAAAUAAAGUUGUUAUUGAAAUUAUUGAGAAAAUGAUAAAAAACAAACCAAGGUGUUGGCAUGAAACUUUUUCAGAAGCCUUAUGGGCCUAUAGAAACUCAAAAAGGACAAGUACGGGAACAACUCCAUAUCGAUUAACAUUUGGUCAUGAUGCAGUGUUGCCGAUGGAGUUAAACGUUAAAUCGGCAAGGAUAGCUUUGCAACAUAAUCUCAUACCUGCUGAUUAUAACGAAGCUAUGCUUAUUGAGUUAGAAGAUUUAGAUGAAGUCCAUAAACUUGCUUUGGACCACCUUAUGGUUCAUAAAGCAAAAGUAAUGAGGGCUUACAAUAAAAGGGUGAAGUUCAAGUCAUUUACAGAAGGCGAUAUGGUGUGGCAAACAAUCCUUCCAGCUGGGAAGGUGGAUAUAGUUUAUAGCAAGUGGUCACCUACUUGGAAGGGUCCAUAUUUGGUUCAUCAAGUAUUACAUGGAGGCGUUUACAGGUUAAAAGAUCUAGAUAGUGAAAUCCAUGAGAGACCAAUAAAUGGAAGGUACUUGAAGAAAUAUAAUCCAACUAUUUUUGACCUUAUGGAGGAAAAGAAGACCUCCACUAAGUAA